GUAAGAGCGCUGGCCUACACCUGCUCUUUAAUCAGUAAAUAGUGAAUUGUCUCCAAAUUUCUUCUUAAUAGUUCUGCUCAAGUUUUCUGGUUCAUAGUUAACAAGAUUCCAAAUUUAAUCCGAAAAAUAUAGAUCACUGAGUUUAAACUUAUGCUAAAGUUCAACAUGGAUCAUAGCUGACAAUUUUUGAGAAAAUGGCAAUAAUUAAGGAAAAAUUGACAACAAACUAUUCAGUGUUUCCGUACAAAGUUAAUCAAAACUGAGACAAGUCCUAAAAAGUAUAUGCGUAGAUUGUACAGCACGUCACGGAAAGGAGCGCUAGCUCUGGACUAUUGAAUUUAUUUAUUAGGUUUCCGAGGUUCUUGUGCAAUGCUCACAUAUUUUGUUUUUCAUUAGCUCAUAUUAAUGCUGCUUGUAAAGUUCACUUAUGACAGUUCACAGUGCGCCGACAUGUCGAUCAUGUAGGCAUGUACAUAAUAUGCCAGCGUUCAGUUGACUGCACCGUUAAAAUUUGCAACAACGAUUUAACCUUUUGAUAGAAACGUACGGUAAAAACUAAACAACUUAAUAUCGAAGAUUCAGCUGGAUAACAAAUGUCGUUCGGGAGCAGUGCCACUCCCCCCGGUCCCCUGUACACCGGCAGUAGUUCUGUUCUGCCCAGCACAUCCCCAAUGGAGGGAGUGUCCCCUCAUCCCCGCCAGACCCCGGACUUCCCAUCCAACAGCAACUCCUGUUUCAACAACAGACUUCACUACGAGUACACAUCGCCUUCAUUCUCCGUUUCUGAAGGGGAACCUUCUUCAGGAAGACCUGCUCUUACCCAGCAGGCUUCCUCAACACCCUCCACCACCGAGGAAGCUCCUGUCAGAAGCCCCAUGUCCUCCCCAGCCAUGCUGGACCCAAGUAGCUCCUUCGAAGGAGACUCCUCUCGGCUCGUAAUGUUAUCCCGAAGCAUGGCGGCCAAGGCCCUAACCCUCGAGGAGAAAGGUACCGACGAAGCCUUGAACAUCGAAGUGGAGCUCGAGAACGAGGAGCUGUGGCGGAUGUUCCACAGCGUGCGCAACGAAAUGAUCGUCACCAAGUCCGGCAGACGCAUGUUCCCGCAGCUGCAGUUCCGCGUGCGAGGACUGCAGCCACGCGUCCUGUACGCCUUCUCCAUCUCCUUCAGGCAACUGGACAACCACAGGUACAAGUACGUCAACGGUGAGUGGAUGCAGGGGGGGCGGCCGGAGCCCCCUCCGCCCCCCAAGAGCUACGCGCACGCCAGUAGCCCCAACUUCGGGGACCGCCUCAUGGGGGGCAGCGUCUCCUACUCCGGCGUCAAGCUCACCAACAACGGCGGCCACAAGAAGAAGGCUGGUGACGACGACAGGAAGGAGGUGUUGGUGUGGCUGAACAGCCUGCACCGCUACGUGCCCUACCUCAACAUCCACCGCGUGGAUGACAACCUCGAGAAACUCGUCGCCUCCUACAGGAUAUCUGUCUGCGAGUUCAUUGCAGUCACCGCAUACCAAAACGAUACGGUGACGCUGCUCAAGAUCAGCUUCAACCCGUUCGCCAAGGCCUUCAAGAAGGGCAAGGAGGCGUGCGAGGACAAGCCCAAGAAGCGGGGACGGGCCCUGGGGACGGAUCAGCCCACUUAUCCUUCCCCGGGGCACGUGGGGCAUGUUGGUCAUGGGGCCAUGGCCCCGUGGCUGCCGUAUCACCACCAGCACCUGCACCACCACCACCAGAUGAACGUCGCGUAUCCCCCCCACGGGGGGACGGAGUUCGUGUGCAGAGGGGGACCGCAGUUCCACCAUCACACGCACCAGCACGUGCACGUCGCGCCCCCCUACAGGCCCAACGUCGCCAUCAGCGUCAGCCAUCAGUACAUCGACGGGUGCCCUGACCCCACCCUACACCCGCAGCUGCAAGCCCCUCAAGACCUCACCCACUUCCACGACAGGAGCAUAGACAGGACUCCUGACAGAAGCCUUGACAGGAACCUUGGCAGGAAGAGACAGAAGGUGCAGGCAGCAAGCACUGUUCUCCAUCCCUACGACUACACCCCGCCAACCCCGGGGCAGCUGGAAGGCGACUGCGGCUUCAUGGCGCCGGCAGACAGGCGAGAGAACUUCAGCAACGUCUCGGCCGAGACAGACGUGGCGGGUUUGGGGUCGUCGCCCUGGCAUGCGGACGACGUGUACAGGACGAGGCUGUGGAGCUCCUAUGACGACCCCCGAGGCGACGAAGGAUGCGCCGACCCAAACGCGGAGUCCUUCAGGAACUUCAACGAAGUCCAGAGGAUGAACCGCCAGGAUCUUCCUGGUAAUUCUUCGCUGCUUUACAGCACUCAUCGUCCUGCCUGCACUCCCCAGUCUCCUGACGGGGACCCUGGGGACGGGAGCCUCAUGCCGCCCCCCAUCCACUCCCCACCGGUGGUCUAUGCCAACCAUGACAUGUACCACAACCACCACGAUGAUCCUGCCAACCAGCCGAUGGUUCAGCAGCACAUGAUUCACGGUCAGGAACUCUACCAUCCACAGCAAUACGCGCCGCAGAACCAUCUGUUCCACUCGAUGGCCGCUCAACCCAGCGCGCCGUGACCAUCUUGUAGCACCACAACAGACGCAGCGCAGCGGGCCGGCAGAUGGCGAAUCUCACCACACGAGACAGCCAUGUCACCACACUACCAGCUGUCCCACUGGACGCUGCACACUACCAGCUGUCCCACUGAACGCCCCACACCACCAGCUGUCCCACUGAACGCUGCACACUACCAGCUGCCCCACUGAACGCUCCAUACUACCAGCUGUCCCACUGAACGCUCCACUCUACCAGCUGUCCAACUGAACGCUCCACACUACCAGCUGUACCACUGAACGCUCCACUCUACCAGCUGUACCUGACCACAGCACCGUAUCCCCUCCCAUCUACCAUCAACAAGCAAGCUACAGCGCCAUGCUUCAGCCUCCUCAACUGAAGAUAAAUUCACGGUAGUUCUACUGUCCCCCCGGGCCACGGUGGCCGAUACGACUCACGUGUCGGAAACUGAUGGACGGCGGACGAUGAAGGCCCAAGUGAAGCACAGCGUGGUCUUGGCUGCAAAGUUUAUAACAACUGAAGGAAUGCAGUCCACAACCAGCUGUUACACCGACACCGUUCCAAUAAACAUCCCACAAACCAGCUGUCAAUUGUAUAGCACGACUAGCUGUUUCUAAAGUUUCUUCGUAAUGGUUGACUAUGAACCACCUGCUGCAUAUUAGGUCCUGAACAAUCCAGUAUCUAUGUUAACAACUGUACAAAGUUCCACACUGGGUACGCAUAUAUUUUAUUCUUGUUUAAUAGUGCUCAAAUAUUUAAAUAUUGGAAAUAAUGAAUCGCCGUCCUCUCAUCACCACACCCGUGUAAACCAUUUUAGGCCUUGCAGAGUUUUCUCUCUCCUUCUCUGCCCACACACCUACAAUCAACCUAGUUAUACGAUAUACGCCAUUUUCAGCUUCUGUCUUUUCCAUUAUCUUUCUGGUCGUUUGUUUGGUGCCACUCGUGUUUUUCCCCCAAACUUUCUUAGUGACACCGCAACAACAAAAAAAUUCAUUUUUAAUCACUGCGGCUCCGAGGGUGGAAUCUCAAAUGCAGUGCCACCUCAAAAAUCGAACAACUCUUCAGUACUCCCAAGUAGAGUAGAACUAUAUGAUCGUCCUCUCACUAACGACUAGCGUAGGACUGACUACCACAGCCGCACUGGCGACUAUUGUGGAACUUACGACCACCGUGGGUCUCUUACGACUAGCGUAAAACUAAAUGAGACUAACGUAGAACAAAAACUACCACCGCCGCACUGAUAACUACUGUAGAACUUACGACCACCGUGUAACUUACGACUAGCAUAGAACUUAUGACCGCCGCAUCGCCAUUGAAAAUAAGCACCGCGACGUUGAGCAAGCGGCCGCUACUGCGACCGUCGUUCAGGGUGUUCAAUAUUAUCUGUAUAGAAUAUACAUAAACAAUAAUAUUGACUAUUGAUAAUAAAUUUGUAAUAAAGGAAUUGAAUA